AUGGGCUGGAUCAGCCGGAUUGCUUGGCUUUGCUUGGGAGUAUUACUACUAGGAGGACGCGCACGCAGCCAGCAUGUCAAGACCAACGUGCCGCGGCUAAAAUUAUCCUAUAAAGAAAUGUACGAAUCCAACAAUAUUGUUACUUUCCAUGGACUGGCCAAUAGUUCCAGUUACCAUACAUUCCUUUUGGAUGAGGAGCGGAGUAAACUUUAUGUUGGAGCAAAGGAUCAUAUAUUUUCUUUCAACCUAGUCAACAUCAAGGAAUAUCAAAAGAUUGUUUGGCCUGUAUCUCAUACCCGCAGGGAUGAAUGCAAGUGGGCUGGAAAAGAUAUUCUGAAAGAAUGUGCGAACUUCAUCAAGGUACUUAAGGCCUACAACCAAACUCAUUUAUAUGUUUGUGGAACUGGGGCUUUCCAUCCUGUGUGUACAUACAUUGAAGUUGGUGGUCAUCCUGAGGACAAUAUUUUUAAGUUGGAAGAUUCACAUUUUGAAAAUGGUAGAGGGAAAAGUCCCUAUGACCCCAAGCUGCUAACUGCUUCUCUUUUAAUAGAUGGUGAACUUUACUCUGGAACUGCGGCAGAUUUCAUGGGCAGAGAUUUUGCCAUUUUCCGUACACUGGGGCACCACCACCCAAUCAGGACAGAGCAGCAUGAUUCUCGAUGGCUUAAUGAUCCUAGGUUUAUUAGUGCUCAUCUGAUCCCAGAAAGUGACAACCCAGAAGAUGAUAAGAUUUAUUUUUUCUUUCGUGAAAAUGCAAUUGAUGGGGAGCAUUCUGGAAAAGCCACCCAUGCCAGAAUAGGUCAGAUCUGCAAGAAUGACUUCGGAGGCCACAGAAGUCUCGUUAACAAGUGGACCACCUUCCUCAAAGCACGCCUGAUGUGUUCUGUGCCAGGGCCCAAUGGCAUUGAUACUCAUUUUGAUGAACUCCAGGAUGUGUUUCUAAUGAACUCAAAAGACCCUAAAAAUCCAAUAAUCUAUGGUGUGUUUACAACAUCCAGCAACAUCUUCAAAGGAUCAGCUGUAUGUAUGUACAGCAUGACUGACGUGAGACGGGUGUUCCUUGGUCCAUACGCUCACCGAGAUGGUCCCAACUAUCAGUGGGUCCCUUACCAAGGGAGAGUGCCAUACCCACGUCCAGGAACUCACCAACACCCUGUGUCAGCGGGCUAUCAAGUGACUGGUGGCAAGAAGAACCCAAGAGAAUCCCUUUCACUUCCCUCUACUUUCACCAUCACUCACCUUGGCACUGCCAGCACCAGCAAGAUAGGAAAAAAAAUCUCUCUUUUUCUCUCAGAUAUUGGGACAGUUUUGAAAGUAGUUUCUAUACCUAAGGAGACUUGGCAUGACUUGGAGGAAGUUUUGUUGGAAGAAAUGACUGUUUUUCGGGAACCCACUGCUAUUUCUGCAAUGAAGAUUUCCACAAAGCAGCAACAGCUCUACCUUGGCUCAGCAAUUGGCGUGUCGCAGCUUCCCCUGCACCGCUGUGAUGUGUACGGGAAAGCAUGUGCUGAGUGCUGCCUGGCUAGGGACCCCUACUGUGCCUGGGAUGGCUCCUCGUGCUCUCGUUACUUCCCCACCGCAAAGAGACGCACUAGACGACAAGAUAUCCGAAAUGGUGACCCUCUUACUCAUUGUUCUGACCUGCAGCUUCAUGAUAACCACAAUGGGCAUGGGGUUGAAGAGAAGAUUAUCUAUGGAGUGGAGAACAGCAGUACUUUCUUGGAGUGCAGUCCAAAAUCUCAGCGUGCCCUGGUCUACUGGCAAUUUCAGAAGCAAAAUGAUGACAGUAAGGAAGAGAUAAAAUUGGAUGAUCGUUUAAUUCGGACAGAACAGGGCCUCCUGAUGCGGAGCUUGCAGCGGAAGGACUCGGGAGUGUAUUUCUGUCAUGCUGUAGAGCAUGGCUUCAUGCAGACACUCCUCAAGGUGACCUUGGAGAUCAUAGAUACAGAACACCUGGAAGAGCUUCUUCAUAAAGAGGAGGAUGGCGAUAGUUCCAAGAUCAAAGAAGCUUCAAGCAGCAUGACCCCAAGCCAAAAAGUCUGGUAUAGGGACUUCAUGCAACUCAUCAACCACCCCAACCUUAAUACAAUGGAUGAGUUUUGUGAGCAGGUGUGGAAAAGGGACCGCAAACAACGCCGGCAAAGACCAGCCAAUGCCCAAGUGAAUACAAACAAGUGGAAGCAUUUACAAGAGAAUAAGAAAGGCAGGAACCGGAGGACCCAUGAAUUCGAGAGGGCACCACGGAGUGUCUGA